AUGGAUAGAGUAAACACAUUCUGUGCCAAAGACGAAGAGCGUCCACUUCGAAUAACCAGAGCAAGGGCUAGAGCAUCGAGAGGGAUUCCUCCCAAUGCAAAACCUUCUUUGCAAAAGGAGCGCAAAAAUGCACAGUGCAAAAGAGCAGCUUCUCCUGUUCUUGUUCCAGUUGUUCUUCAGUAUAAGAGAAGGGCGGUGCUUACAGAUGUAACUAACAUAUGUGAUGAUAAGGCAUCGAAGUAUCGGGCUAAAGGAGUUUAUGAGAAGAAAAACACAAAGCUAGCUUCAGGUGUUUAUAUUGAAGUUUCGUCAUCGCAAGAGGAUGUUAGAGCAAAUUUAGCUGAAGAAUUAUCCGCAAUAAGGAUGGUAGAAUCAAAUGAAACCAUUGCUGCAGCUACUUUGGCAGACACUGUGCAUUCAAUGCAAGACUCUCUGAAUUCUGAUGAACUCCUAAGCUUGCCAAACGAAGACAUAGAUAUGAUUUGUGAGAAGCUAAGAACUUCAGACUGCCUGACCAUUGUGGACAUUGAUUCAGAGUUAAAGGAUUCUCAAGUUUGGAGUUCUUAUGCCCCUGACAUAUACAACAAAAUUCGAGUCACAGAGCUUGAAAGGAGACCAUUAACCAACUACAUGGAUAAAUUGCAACAAGAUAUUACUCCAAGGAUGCGUGGAAUUCUGGUUGAUUGGCUUGUGGAGGUUUCUGAGGAAUACAAGUUGGUCCCGGACACUCUUUAUCUCACGGUGAACCUAAUUGAUCGGUGUCUCUCAACAAAAUUCAUUCAGAAGCAAAGGCUCCAGUUGCUUGGUGUUACUUGCAUGCUGAUUGCAUCAAAGUAUGAAGAGAUUUGUGCGCCUCGAGUGGAGGAAUUUUGCUUCAUCACAGAUAAUACAUACACAAAAGAAGAGGUAUUAAAAAUGGAGAGUGAAAUUCUAAACCUUCUGCAUUUUCAGCUUCUUGUUCCCACAAUCAAACCAUUUCUCAGGAGAUUCAUCCAAGCAGCACAAUCUUCUUACAAGGUUCCUUGUGUUCAACUGGAAUUCCUAGCAAAUUAUUUAGCAGAGCUUACUCUAGUAGAAUAUAGCUUCCUCCAAUUUCUACCUUCCCUUGUAGCUGCAUCUGCUGUGUUCCUGGCCAGAUGGACCCUCAAUCACUUAGAACAUCCAUGGAAUCCAAUUUUGGAGCACUACACAAACUACAAAGCUUCAGACCUCAAAACUGUUGUUCUAGCCCUGGAAGAUCUGCAACUUAAUACCAAAGGCUGUUCCCUGAGUGCUAUACGUGAUAAGUAUAAACAACAGAAGUUCAAUUGUGUGGCAAACCUCUCUCCAAAACCGAUGAAGUCACUGUUCCAAGUUCAUGUGUAAAUGUUUUUCGCUGUUCCAUAAAGACUAAGGACU